UGUCAAUAUUGGUGUUUAUUGUUUUUUAUUUAAUGUCUAACAUAACCUCACUAAUCACGUGUCAGCUGUGUGGUUUUGUUUUCGCUUAGAUUUUUUCUAGUUUUAUUAUAUGGUCAAUAAGCUAUGCAUAAACAAUUACGAUUUUAAGCAGUAUUACUGUCAAAAUGAAGGCGAUAAAACGAAACGAUUUCAAAGCAUUAAAAUUAAAAUAUGAACAAAGCUCUAAAUAUCCUCAUACAAUCUACUUCAAAGAACAUUCUGUAAGGGAACACACGGCGGACAAACCCUCAGGACGUACGUUAUUUAUUGUAAACGUUCCUCCAUAUGCUGACGAAAAAGGUCUUAUAAAUGCAUUCAGUCAAGCCGGCACUGUAGAAUCAGUGCAGUUUUGCUCAAAACCAAAUGCCACUGAAAUUAAAAAAGAUAGUUUAUUACAAGACAAAUAUAAUCCAUCUUUUAGAUUAUGUUAUUUAGUAUUUAAUAAAGUGUCAGAGUUAGAUAAUGCUUUAAAGUUAACAGAAUUGCAACCCCUCAACUCCGAUGGUCAUACAAACUUUGGAAUUAAAAAGUGGUUCAGUGAGUACAAUCAAAAUGUUAUGAAACCAAAAGAUUUGAAAGAAAGUAUAGAAAAGUUCAUGCAGAAUUAUGAUGAGAAAGUUAAAAAAGAGUUGGAGGAAGAGAAGAAACUAGAACAAGAAGAUGAAGAGGGUUGGGUAACUGUAACAAAAAGGGGGAAAGUACAAAGUUUCGCUCGAACUGAAAAGGUAGAAAACAAAAUAAUGGCCAAUGAGGAAAAGAGUAAAAAGAAAAAGGAGUUGAAAAAUUUCUACACUUUCCAAAUAAGAGAAUCUAAAAUGAAGCACAUUGUGUCCCUGAGGCAGAAGUUUGAGGAAGACAAACGUAAAAUAGCACAAAUAAAACAAAGCAGGAGAUUUAAACCUUUUUAAUAAAAAAUUAUUUACAUUAUA